AAUUUAGCUCACUCAUGACUUGGACAAUUACUUCUAUCAAUUAGUAAUGCUCUCAAUAUAUUUGAUUGAUUUUUUCAAAACAAAACACACACAAUAGAUCUAAGUCAUUUGGCACAUUUUGCUGCCGUCGGAAUUAAUUGCUUGAAUUUCCUUCCCAUAAACCGACACAUUUGGUGGAGUUAGAGGUUUGUAAUUGGAUUGAAAUUUUUUGGUCUGAUUUGUUCUAGUCUGAUCUGAUUUGUUCUAGUCUGCUUUGAUUUGGUCUGAUCUGAUUUGAUCUGAUAUUGUAAAUAUCUUGUCUCUUUUUAUUUUAUAACAAUCUAAGUUUGAAUUGGUCUGAUAUGAUAUACGAGAAUUAAAAAGUCUAAGUAAAAACAUACCAUAUAACCAUUUUUUAGAGCAGCCGUGGCCGUCUCCCUAGUGAUUAGGGUUGGAAUGAGCAGUUUUUAAGUUUCGUUUCUUCCUCUGGCAUAUCGGAUCUUGCCUCUUGCAGAUUCCUUGUUCCAUCCGAUGCUUUCUUUGUAUUUUUAUUUUGCAGAUCUUAUUUUUGGUUUGAACGUGCGGGCUGUGAGAGGUUUUCGCGGGCGCUGCUUUUUGCCGAGAGUAAUACCGGCACUUCGAAGGGACUUUGAGAAGGCGGAGAUGGAGGAGAUGGUCAACAAAUGUGAUAACAUGAUUCUCGAGGGUGAUGAGGACGAUCUGAUUCUGGACAAGGAGGUCGCGGGCAAGGAAGAGGCUCUGAACAGGAGUCAACGGGUGAAAGAAGACGAAGAGAUGUUGAUCUGUCCUCCUCCCGAACCGCCGCCAUGGAGGAGUUGUGCGACUAGGGUUUGGACGACUAUAUCUAGUUCUAUUUUACUUUGUGUUUUUACUUCGACCUACAUGUUGUUUUGUUUGUCAUGUAUGCUUAUUUUUGCCAGACUCUUGCAUUAGAUUGGGGCGAUGAGGGGUUUACUCUGGCCACGUUAGGCUCAUUUUGACCCAUUACACGAUAAGCGAACAAUAUUGCUUUUUAC